GGCACGUCGCAUGGUCACUUUAAGUGCACCAGUGAAACAGAAGACAUUUGCUGAUGUUCUGAAAUCCACAAAGACAUGUGGAGUUCAGACAGACAUUUUUGUUUCGCCAAAUAAAUCUCUGACUCGCCAUGAAAAAUGCCUGCUGACACCACCUACCAAAGCAACAGAAAAAGAGAAUAACAAAGCAAAACUGCUCAUACCUAAAACAGGGAUAAGAACUAGGAAUGUGGGUUCCAAAAAAGCCAGUAAAAACCCACUUAAUAAACAAAGAAUAAAAGCAGCCCUGUCUAAAUCUAAAAAAUCAGAGACUCAGUCUAUGAGCGAGUUCUCUGACCUCUCUGAUGAAGAGAAUAAUAAGGGGGUGACACCACCAACUUCACCUCCAAAAGGCAAAUCAGCCGUAAAACUAAAGAGGGAUACCUUCACAAAGAACGCUGCCUCAAACACAUAAUGGAUUAUAAAAUAAUCCAAUGGAACUGUCGUGGUUUCCGCAAUAACUUCUCUGACAUUAAACAUUUAACAUCAUCUACCUCAUCUCUCUGCGUGGCA